GAAUGAAUGUCCUUUCCAGUAACCCUCUCCCACUUUAAAGUUGCCUGUCUUUACAAGUUUGAGAACUACCCAAGACGUGCGGGGGUGGCACAGGUAGGAAGGCAUUAAACUAACUACCUCUCAAUCUGAAGUUGCUAGCCAAACCGAGCCACGCCAAGAGGAGACUUUCUGAAUCUCCCUCACAACCCAGGCGUUUGCCGCGGCGGAUGUAACCUGUGCAGCUCCUUCCUUCUACUGCUGCUUUGCGUGGAUGUGGCUCACACUUAAAUCCAUCUCCUCCCUGCCAGCGACGCCAGAAGCAGCGUGAAUUCCAAGAGAUCCACCAGCGGUUUUGUUUCUGUCCGAGGUCGCUCGUCCGAUCCUGCCCUGAGAGAGGCGCCAACAAAGGAGUCGAGGAGGUGCCACCCACCCCAGCCGCGGCGGGAGGAGGAGCGCCAAGGCCCGUGUCCCGACCCGCCGUGCGUACUCACUGGAGGGAAGGGCGGGGUGCCGCUCCGGGAGGGGGACGCCCGGUGGCCCGGGGUUAGCCAAGUUCCAGCUUUGGCGUCCCCUCCUUGGCUCCCACGCGAGGAAAGUUUGCCGUCGACGCUUGCGGCCGGCUCGAGCCCGCCGGGCCCAGGCGGUCGAGUCUUCGGAGCGGGCGCCGCCGUCCCAGCUCCGGGGAACCGCGAGCCGCGAUGCCUGGGGCGGGUUCCCGGGGCCCCGCCGCCGGGGACGGACGGCUGCGGUUGGCAAGGCUGGCGCUAGUGCUGCUGGGUUGGGUCUCCGCGUCGGCCCCCAGCUCUUCGGUCCCCUCGUCUUCCACCUCCCCGGCAGCCUUCCUGGCCUCGGGGUCUGCGCAGCCUCAGCCGGCCGAGCGAUGCCCCGCGGCGUGCGAGUGCUCCGAGGCAGCGCGCACGGUUAAGUGCGUGAACCGCAACCUGCUGGAGGUGCCGGCGGACCUGCCGCCUUACGUGCGCAACCUUUUCCUCACCGGCAACCAGAUGACGGUGCUCCCGGCCGGAGCCUUCGCCCGCCAGCCGCCGCUCGCCGAGCUGGAGGCGCUCAACCUCAGCGGCAACCACCUGAAGGAGGUGUGUGCAGGCGCCUUCGAGCAUCUGCCCGGCCUGCGGCGGCUUGACCUCAGCCACAACCCCCUCACCAACCUCAGCGCCUUCGCCUUUGCCGGCAGCAACGCCAGCGUCUCGGUCCCCAGCCCCCUGGAGGAGCUGAUCUUGAAUGACAUCGUGCCCCCUGAGGAUCAGCGGCAGAACGGGAGCUUCGAGGGGAUGGUGGCCUUCGAGGGCAUGGUGGCAGCUGCCCUGCGCUCGGGCUUUGCACUCCGAGGCCUUACACGCCUGGAGCUGGCCAGCAAUCACUUUCUUUUCCUGCCUCGGGACUUAUUGGCCCAGCUGCCGAGUCUCAGAUACCUGGACCUCAGGAACAACUCCCUGGUGAGCCUGACCUAUGCAUCCUUUCGCAACCUGACUCACCUCGAAAGCCUCCACUUGGAGGACAAUGCCCUCAAGGUCCUUCACAACUCCACCUUGGCUGAGUGGCAAGGCCUGGCUCAUGUCAGGGUGUUCCUGGACAAUAAUCCCUGGGUUUGUGACUGCUACAUGGCCGACAUGGUGGCUUGGCUUAAAGAGACAGAGGUGGUGCCGGAUAAAGCCAGGCUUACCUGCGCAUUCCCGGAAAAAAUGAGGAAUCGUGGCCUCCUCGACCUCAACAGCUCCGACCUGGACUGUGACGCUAUCCUUCCCCCGUCCCUGCAGACUUCCUAUGUCUUCCUAGGUAUUGUUUUAGCUCUGAUAGGCGCUAUUUUCCUCCUCGUUUUGUAUUUGAACCGUAAAGGCAUAAAAAAGUGGAUGCAUAACAUCAGAGAUGCCUGCAGGGAUCACAUGGAAGGGUAUCAUUACAGAUACGAGAUCAAUGCGGACCCCAGAUUAACAAAUCUUAGUUCCAACUCGGAUGUCUGAGAAACAGGACUUUUCAAGGAGGACUCUGCAUGAGGUGUAGACUUAAGGUUUUUUUCCCCCCCUUUACUAGGCUUGUUCCACUUCUACCCUCUACCGUAGACACCACUGACUUCGAUCCUGGUUAUGUAAAAUUCUUGGUGUGUGUUCUGUUAAUGUAAGGACAUGAACAACUGUGCACAUGUUUAUUUACCCUUUUUCCUUUCAGUACUCCUCGAUGCCUGCGGAGGGAUUUUUUUUUUCUCUCAAGUCGCAGCAUGGACAUGAACUCUCUUAGUCCAGUUCAAGGUGUAGCACAGAUAACAUUCAACGGAAGCUGCCUCACUUAUUUUUGAGAAAAAUACUUUAUUCAUAAAUAUGAGUUUCAUCCUCACCUACCUAAAUGAUGGAGGAAAUAUUGCAUCCCCAAACUGCCUGCAGACCGUAGCAAGCUCUUACAUAGAACUUUGUAGUGCACAGGAGCACCUGCAUCCAAGAGCAUGCUUACAUUUUACUGUUCUGCAUAUUAAAAAAAAAGUUGCAACUUCAGAUAACUUCUUUGACAAACUAAAUUACUUUUUGAUUGCAGUUUAUAGGAAACUGACCUGAGGUUUUUUGGUGUUUCUUCUUCUUUUUUUUUUUUUUAUUUUAUAAAUUGCAUUGAGAUCCAACAGACUGGAUUGUUAUAAAAAAAUCAAUAAAAGAGUCUUAAAAGAAGCAUGUUGUGUUCAAGUUUGGUAUUUUGAAAAGAGGAUUAAGGGCAGUGAUAUUGAAUAGUCUGGGUUCAAGUAAUAAUGAAGUUAUUAGCUAGCAGAGCUGAGAAUCAGCCUGAAGCAGUGUCUUCAUAUAAAUAGACUGGAGAUAGUUCUGAAAUGGUGGAUUCUUUUAGGGCUUAAGUGGAAUUAAAGUUAUUUAUAGGGCCAGAGUAUUAGAGGUCCGCAAGUUAACGGUGUUCAUUAUGCGUUACUUAAAAGAGCAUUGGGAGGUUGGUAAUAACGAAGAGUUCUUCAUGAUAAACAUGGCACAGCUGCCACUUUGUCUAGACUAAUUUAGUUGCUAAGACAGAACCAUUAGCCAAACUGAAUGAAGUUGCUCCAUAGAAUCUUAGAGCCAAGUGUGAGUCAUGUGGUGGCAAUAAAUGUGUGAAAAUAAAGGAUCUUAAAAUAUUUUGAAAUAAAAUAUCUUAAAACACAAAUUAAGAACAAUAUUUUCAGAGAUCAUAAAUUGAAGUUCAGAGAGCCUUGAGAAUCUGCUUCUAAAUUUUCAAAGUGGAACACUGUGUUUCUUGGAGUUAUGAUUGUGUUUAAGCUUAAGGAAAUAACCAGAGAUAAAUACUUGUAUCUACAAACAAGUAUUAUAAGUAGUUAUUAGAUUCUUAUAUUCUGUAUUUAAGAAUUUGAGGGCUUCUUAAAGAAGGCUUCUCAGCUCUGAACCUCAUGUAAGUAAAUGUAUAUACCCCCAUAUUUAGGUGUAAAUUAAAGCAUUUUCUCAUUAAUAUUCUUGUCAUC